AACAUUUGAUUAUCGCGAUCACUUUCAUCCGUUUGUCUUAUCUAGAAGCUAAGAGAAGCUCGUGUUGAAAGUACUCUGCAUAUUCGUUCACGCGUUCGUUCAUUUCGAUAUGCAUCGAUCCCGUUUGAACGAAAUCCUAGGAAAAUUAUGGAGGAGAUCCGACGUGCCGUCGAUCCAUCGGAGAUCGUUCGUCGGUCGAGAUUCGCUCGUCUAUGGGCCGGACGUCGCGGCGGCUCGAAAGCACGGUUUACCUAUCGUGGCACUUGAGUCAACGAUCAUCACACACGGUAUGCCGUAUCCAGAUAACUUGGAUACCGCGUUGAAAGUCGAAGAUGCAAUCAGAAAGCAAGGUGUUGUACCUGCAACGAUAGGAAUCAUAAAUGGCAAGAUACAUGUAGGCUUGAACAAUGAACAACUGGAGACCUUGUCUAAAGCUGACUCAGCAAAGACUAUGAAGUGUUCACGAAGGGAUAUUUCUUUCAUUCUAUCGCAAGGAUUGAAUGGUGGUACAACAGUCAGUGGCACGAUGUUAAUUGCACAUGCAGCUGGUAUUCCAAUAAUGGCAACAGGUGGUAUCGGCGGUGUUCACAGGGGAGCUGAACUGACUCUUGACAUCAGUGCUGAUCUAAUUGAACUUGGACGCACGCCGGUGGCAGUUGUCUGCUCUGGUGUCAAAUCAAUCCUGGACAUUGGCAAGACCUUGGAGUAUUUGGAAACUCAGGGAGUACCGGUCGUAAAAAUAGGUGAAACGCCAGAAUUUCCAGCUUUCCACUGUUUUGAAACUUCAGACAAAAUAAAAGCACCGUGCCGAAUUUCCAAUGCCAAGGAAGCAGCCGGUAUUGUGGAGACACAGAGAGUACUCGGUAUUAACACAGGGAUAUUAUUUGCAGUUCCUAUUCCUAAAAAAUAUGCAUUGCAGCCUAAUGUCAUGGAGGCUGCUAUAUCUGAGGCUUUAAAGAAAGCUAAUGCUAUGCGCAUAACGGGCAAGCAAGUUACGCCAUUCCUUUUAAGUGAACUCAAUGAGAUCACGCGUGGUCAGUCACUUGAAGCGAAUAUAGCUCUCAUAGAAAACAAUGCCAAGGUCGCAGCUGAAAUCGCCUUGAAUCUCUAUGAAAAAUCUCAGACAGCCCAUAUAAGAUCUACUUCUGCAUCAUCGAUAAUAUCAAAACAAAAACCUGUGGUUAUUGGCGCGUCAGUCUUGGAUACUGUCCUGCAAGUGAAGGAUCCCCAAAUAAAAAAUGACGGGAGAACGCAUACCGGACGAAGUAGACGAAGCUGCGGCGGAGUUGGUCGAAACGUCGCUGAUGCACUGCUCAAGCUCGGUUUGGAAAAUACGCGUUUGAUAUCCAUCGUUGGCGACGACGAGUAUGGGAAGAUCAUUCUUGACAGCCUAGGAGCCGGAGGCGAGAUAGUUAAACGCAUGUCAGACGUGGACACCGCAAGGAUGACAGUGGUAGUGGACGUUAAUGGCGAAUGUCACUUCUACGUUAGUGAAAUGGAAUCCUUCGCCAUGAUUACUCCGAAGUUUAUAAAAGAGUAUCAGUCGCACCUCGAAAAAGCAAGUUUCAUCAUUCUCGACGCAAGUUUCGGAUUGGACGCCAUGCGUUACGUGCUCGACGUUGCGUUGCAUGCGAAUAUUCCAGUCUGGUACGAGCCCACGGAUGUUAAAAAGGCGGCGAAGAUAUUCCAAGUUGGACCACAGUGGAAAAACGUACUGCACUUUGUCUCGCCUAACCAGAACGAGCUGAAAGUAAUAGGCGAACACUUCAACAUCCCCGUUUCCGAGAGUAUGGACCUGGUGGCUACAAAAAGCGUGGCUGAACAGUUGAUCGAACACGUUCCGGUUGUCGUGACCACCUUAGGGGCACAGGGAGUGUUGGUGACCCGAAAAGCUUUGCAAAACGAGCCCUUCUACGACGAGCGUGGCGAACUGAUCGCCGACUCCUCGGUCGCGUCCCGAUUGUACCCCGCCGUCGACGGCGCGGAAAAGGCGAGCGAGAUACUCAGCGUAAGCGGGUGCGGAGAUUGCCUCACUGCCGGAAUAAUUUACGGGAUUCAUAAGAAUCUCGACGAGAUCGGUUGCAUUUCUGUGGCUCUGAAAGCCGCUUCACUCUCGCUGAGGUCCUUCGACGCGGUUCCACGAACGCUUCGAGACGCUCUCCGGCGAUAAAACUUCGUCUUAAUACAAUAUUUUUUAUAAUU